AUGGAGGACGAACUCUACACCCUGUUCUACAACGACUAUUCGAUCUGCUCGAUCAUGGUCCGCUACACCAUCGCCCUGUGUCGCCGUCUUCAGGGUGAUGGUGACCCGUUGAACAUCGAGGAGACACCGGUCAACAUCCAGCAGGGGGGACAGUUGACCGAGUACUACCUGUGUGAAGUGAACCCGCGAGGCACGGUCCCCGUCCUCUCCGGGCCCAAGACAUCCCAGAUCCUCACCGAGAGCGUCGACAUCACAUACUUCCUGGCCGGCCGGUUUCCCAGCCUGUGUCCGCCGCACCUGGCAGAACCGAUCCGACGCCUCCUCGCCGAACUGCACGACAUCAACUACUUCUCGCUGACCUACACGCGCAAGCCCCAGCGCGCGUCCGACAUGGAGAAUGCUGUGCUGACGCGCCUCGCCGACCCGGAGAUCUCGACGCGAUGGCGCAAGGCGCUGGAGUUUAAGCUCGAGGUUGUCCGCGCGACACGCGCACCGGCAUUGACCCCCGACGCCGUCGCGGCGCAAGAAUCCAAGGCGGCCGCGUUCCUGUCGCAGAUCGAGAGCCUGCUCGCCGAGUCCGAGACCGGCCAUCGUGAGUCCUCCUCCUCCUCCUGCGCGCCACUCUGGAUCUUUGGCACGCACGAUCCGACCGCCCUGGACGCCCACGUCGUGCCGUUCGCCGCCCGGCUGGUCGACGUCGGACGGGUGGGCAUGCUGCCGGACCGGGUGCGGACGUAUGCCGCGCGGGCGUGCGAGGACGGGCAGGGCGCGUGGAGGGACGUCAUGCAGGGGAGGAAGACGGUGCAUGGGACGUAUCUGUGA